AUGUCUGCUCCCGUUAUCCCCCCCGGUGGUACCAUCGUGCAAACCUUUAGGCGGUCCUUUGUCGAUGUUCCCAUCGACGCUGACAAGGGCAAUGCAAUUGCUACCACCGAGUUUCUCGACGCUGCCGAGUCGUUGACCACCAUGUUUGAUCUCAUGGGCUCCGUUGCCUUUUCCCCCGUCAAGUCCGACAUGCUCGGCAACGUCAAGAAACUGCGUGAUCGGCAGCUUGCUGCCCCCGCCGAGUCCGAAAACAUCCAGGAUCUCUGCCGAAACGAACUCAAGACCAAAAAACACACAGCCACUGAAGGUUUGCUGUGGCUCGUCCGUGGCCUAGAAUUCACCUGCAUUGCACUCAGCUCCAACCUCGCCAAGCCCUCCGAAGAACUCGCCGACUCAUUCCGCGGCGCUUACGGCCAGACCCUGAAGCCUCACCACAGCUUCCUCGUCAAGCCUGUAUUCAGCGCCGCCAUGAGUGCCUGCCCCUACCGCAAGGAUUUUUACGCCAAGCUUGGCAGUGACGGCAAGGUCCAAGAUGACUUGCGUGUUUACUUGGCUGCGUUGGACAAGAUUGUUGGCAUUUUAAAGGGUUUCUUAGACAGCAAGGAGGCCAAGUGGUAG